AGGGCUGCUCUCCGCCCCCCCCCCCCGGUUGCCCGGUGCUGCCCGCGGCCUGGGCCUCUGCCGCCGCCGCCCCGCCCCGCCCGCGGCCGCCAUGCCGCACAGCUUCAAGCCCGGAGACCUGGUCUUCGCCAAGAUGAAGGGGUACCCGCACUGGCCGGCCCGGAUCGAUGACAUCGCGGACGGCGCCGUGAAACCCCCGCCGAACAAGUACCCCAUCUUCUUCUUCGGCACUCAUGAGACCGCCUUCUUGGGCCCCAAAGACCUGUUCCCCUAUGAAAAGUAUAAGGACAAAUAUGGGAAACCAAACAAGAGAAAAGGCUUCAACGAGGGAUUAUGGGAAAUCCAGAACAACCCUCAUGCCAGUUACAGUGCCCCUCCGCCUGCGAGCUCCUCUGACAGCGACGUUCCUGAGAACGACCCGAUGGGGGGAAGCGAUGCAGGUGAUGAUGAAGAAGAUGCUGCCAUGGCUGCAGCCGCCACAGAGAAAAUGGAAAGCGAUGAGGACUCGGACCGAGGCAGUGACCACAGUGGACUCAAGCGAAAGUCGUUGGCUAUGAAAAUGCCGGUGGCGAAACGGCCUCGGAAAUCUUCCAGUGACCUGGAUCAGGGCAGCCCCUCCCUGACAGAAGAAGAGAACUCAGAAACGUCUUCUGAGUCGGAGAAAAACAGCGACCAGGACUUCACUCCCGAGAAGAAGCCAGUGGCCAGGGCUCCCCGGAGGAUGCCUGCAGGAGGGAGGAAGAAGAAGAAAGUAGAGUCUGGCACUGACUCAGACUCCAAAGUGGACUCGGACUCGGAGAUGGGAAAUGCAACUGUGGACAUGACCAAGUCAGACUCCAACUCUGAUUCAGAUUCGGAUGUGUCUGUGAAGAAAGCUCCGCGGGGCAGGAAGCCAGCUGAGAAACCCCCUCCAAAGCCCCGCGGCAGGAAACCGAAGCCUGAGCGUGUCCCGACCAGCUCCAGCAGCGACAGUGACAGUGACAGCGAUGUGGACCGCAUCAGUGAGUGGAAGAGGCGGGACGAAGAGCGGCGGCGGGAGCUGGAGGAGAAGAGGAAGAGGGAACAGGAGGAAGAGAUCCGUCGGCUCCGGGAGCAGGAGAAGGAGGAGAAAGAGAAGAGGAAGGAGAAAGCAGAGAAGAGCGAGGAGAUGCACUCAGACAGUGACAGCAGCGCGGAUGAUGAGGUGGCCAAGAAGGGCCGGAAAGGCCGGACCAAGGCCCCCUCCUCCUCAGACUCCGAACUAGAGCUUGAGAAAGAGGUAAAGAAACCGGCAAAGAAGCAGCCCUCAGAGUUGUCAAGGAAACCGAAUCAGAAGGAGAAAAGAGGCCGAGCAGAGGAGAAACCGCGGAACAAACCUUUGAAAGUGGAACGAGGCCGGAAGAAGUCUGACCUGAUCCCAGAAAGGAGGAUGGAGAAGAAAAAGGAGCCCACAGUUGAAGAGAAACUUCAGAAGCUUCACAGUGAGAUCAAGUUUGCCCUGAAGGUGGACAACCCGGACAUCAAGCGGUGUCUGAAUGCGCUGGAGGAGCUGGGCUCACUCCAGGUCACCUCUCACAUCCUCCAGAAGCACACUGAUGUGGUGGCUACUCUGAAGAAGAUCCGUCGCUAUAAAGCUAACAAGGACGUGAUGGAGAAAGCUGCCGAAGUCUACACCCGCUUGAAGUCACGUGUCCUGGGACCAAAGAUGGAAGCGAUCCAGAAAGCCAACAAAGCUGGGCCGGAGAAGGACAAGGGGGAUGCAGAGAAGGGCCAGGAGAAGUUGUCGGGUGGAGAGACACGGAAUGAGAAGGGUGAAGAGGAGACAAAUGCUGACUUGUCAGGCCCCGUGAACGGUGAGUCCUUGUCCCAAAAAGCAGAGGGGGCAGAGGAGAAGGAGCGAGACAAAAGCCAGGGGCCGGGCGCUGGAGAGCCGGAGGCAUCCGCCGAAGAGGCCCACAACAACAGCGUGCAGGACUAUCCCAACGCCGAGCGGGCCGGGCCGGAGCGGGAGCGAGCUCGCGGGGAGUCAGAGUCUGUGGAUGAUGCGGAGGAGAGCUGAGGCUGCGGGUCCCGCCUGGAGGAGGAUGCCGAGGGGGCCGCGCUGCCCGCCGCCGAGGGAGACCGGCCUCUGCCUUGCCCCGUGUUUGAGUUACUUCACUAAGUCACACAGUAGCUGAUGUCCUAGGUCUUGUCCCGUGCCCCCGACCCUGUGAAAGCACCGAACUCGGGGGGAGACUGUGCUGUUUGUCUGUAUUUGUCCCCUCGUUUGUUUUUUUUUUCCCCACCUAAUUUCUUGUGAUUUCAACCGACAUGAAAUGAAUAUAAAGGGUUUUUUAAUGAAAAAAAAGAUCCUGAUUGUCUAUUUCUUGAGGCAUCGCUGGCUGUGACUAGGGGAGGGCAGGAGCAGCCCUCUGUCCCCUGCCUGGGGCCGUGACUGGAAAAAGCCCCCAUGGGCUCCCCUUCCCUUGGGUCCUGGCCCACCCCCCUGCGGGGACCAGGCACCCGUGGGUGUCCCUGUCCCACCGGUACCUGCCGUAGUGCAGGGGGGCUGCAGGCCUGGGUGUGCGCUGGGGGCAGCUGUGCUGGUCCCCGCCGGGGAAGUGGGGGGGCUUUUCGCACCAGUCGGGGCUCCCCCUUCCCCCUGGUCUGAGCCCUCUCCCCCAUCGGGGUGUCCUCUCCGGCCGGAGGCAGCUGGCGGAGCUGCUGGACCCUGUCCCUCUGCUCCCAUGGAGGCAGCAGGGCUGGGCACCAGCUUUGGGGACAAAUAAAGCGAAAACUGUGUAUUCGCUCCUGCUUCAGCCGGGGGAUUCACCGGGGCGGCAUCCUGCCUCAUUCUGGGCAGCAUCGUGUCUGUCUGUCUGUCUUUCUGCUCUUUUGCAAGGAGCUGAAGCUUUUGUAUAUGUAAAAUAAAGAUGUUCCCAGCUCAAACA